AUGGAGAAGUACCAAUGCUCACAAUGUCCAAGAAGCUUUAAGCGACCGGAGCAUCUGAAACGACACCAAAAAGGUCACGAUAGCCUGAGGGGUUUCGAGUGCCAUGUUUGUCACAAGAGCUUUACGCGCAGUGAUAUCUUGACAAAGCAUGUAGCUAUUCACGAUCAUCCAUCCGCCGUGUCUAGACGCGAUGCUGGACGGCGUAGAGCGUGCUUGGAGUGUGCCAGGGCGCGCGAGAAAUGUUCGAGAAAUCUUCCGUGUCAGCGAUGUUCGACUAGAUCGCUAGAUUGCGCUUAUCCUCAGCCCCGAGAUAAGCCGGCCGAAACAUCACCCGCCUCUCAGACUGGUACCAUUGCACAUACUCCGAAUCAAACUCUCAUCAGUCCGUCAGAUUUACAACUUGCAUUACCUUCACAGCAGACUCCUCAUUCACAAGACAGCUCUUUCAUCGACAGAACCGGUAAUGAGCAACAACCAAGCUUUGACUAUGAUCUGUCCACUUACGAUAUCGACUGGGACUUCCCCAUCAACUGGCUACCCUACGACAAUGAGAUUGAGACAAACUACUACUCAAUUCUAGGCCUUGAUUUAACCCAGCCUCUUGAUGCCGGUAAUGGAACUAUUAUCGAGGAGACAGUUCCCAGCUUUCCCAUGAUUGAUGCUCCACCACGACGUUUGUCUACUGUGACAUCGCUUUCUCCGGGCAGCGGUCUGGGUGUUUCUCCCCAGUUGAGUAUGAGCUCUGGUCGUACUAUACCCGGAGAUCUGUACGCCACCAGUUCAAACGGUGCACGGCGCCCCUGUACUGCCAAGUCGAAGCAGCUUUUUCCACCGCCAGGGCUUCAAGGAUACACGCAGUUACCAACUAUCUCUCAAGACUCACGCCUACAGGUCAAUGACACUGCAACCCUUUCGUUUCCAGAUUUGAGCCAUAUUACUUUCGAGGACGAAACGUACAGAGAAUCCAUCAUGACACAGUUGACAUACACCAAGAUAUGCGAAGCCUUUACACAAACGUGUCUCGAAUCUUCCAUGUUUCAUCAGCACUACACAUCCACGGACUUUCCGUCUCUCAAGAUGCUCGAUCACUUCAUCAGACUCUUCUUUGAACACUUCGACCCGAUCGUUCCUCUUGUCCACCCUCAUACAACAGACCUGAAUGGAAACUGGAUUCUCGCAUUGGCGAUCUGCGCCAUCGGGAGCCAAUACUCAGCUACCGCGGAUAUCCACACCUGCGUCGCACCAUUCCACGAGUUUCUCAGAAGAACGUUGGCUACUGAACUGGAAGGAUCAGAGUUCAACUUGCCGCUCGCACAGGCUUUUGUGCUGAGCCAAGUCGGCCUGCUAUACUCUGGGGGCAACCAGCUUCACAAGGCAGCCUACGAAAGAAUGGGAAGUCUGCAGAGAAUCAUUACGUUCUAUCGUUGCCGACAUGGUUCUCAACGAAAUCCAUCGGCUGAAGCCCAUUGUGAUGCCGAUGAAGAUAGGUGGCGAAGAUGGGUUGAAGAUGAGACUUGGCGUCGACUGUGCUAUUUUAUUUGGUUACUAGACCGCAUGGGCUGCUACUUCUUUGAUGAUCAUCAGACAGGUACAUUCAACGUCGCGGGCUUAACUUUGCCGCACGACGGCCUUUGGACACAAGCAACAUCAUCAGACUGGAUGCAACUCCAUCGCCGCGUCGAUAUCAAUCCAACACUGGAAUUUGCCAUCAGCGAGCUAUUCCGCGAAAGAACCGCCAAAGCCGACCUGGGCGAAUUCUCUCGCAUCCUUCUCCUACACGCAGUAUACCAAGAAUACACCACCGUCAGCACCUACUGCAAGCGCCCUCUCUCAUCCUGGAUACCCCAAAACAAUCCCGAGCCUCGUAGCGACGAAACCCACCACCUUCAACUCUCCGACUCAAACUGGCGAAACGCUGCUCUCGAUUGCGUAGAUACGCUUCACUGGGCCGCCAAUGCCACCAUAGCAUCUCUACUCGGAGCUGAGCACCCUACAGUCUUGCAUUUGCACUUUUCUCGUGUUGUACUUCUCGUUCCACGGGAAGCGAUAAUUACGCUGGCGAAAUACCUAAAGGCGCCGGAGCAUUUGAGGAAAGAGGCAGCGAACCAGAAGGAGGCGCUGCAGGCGGAACGUGAGAUAUCCGAAUGGGCUCAGCAAGACGGCUCAAAAGCUCGACUUGCAGCACUACACUGCGGCUGUUUCCUCUGGCACGUCAGACGCUAUGCAAAAAUGACAUUCUACGAACCCCCCUGCGUAUUCUGGGCCACCCUAACACUCUGGGCAUACAGUGUAUUCUCCUGUAAAUCACGAAGGACGGGAGGAGGAGAAAUGCGCAGCGGGAGUGUGACACGACAAAUAUCGCCUGAUCGAUCUGACGAUGAGAAUCCUACUUUCAUAAGACUCGAUCGACCAAACGAUGAUGAAAUGGUGCAACUGUUUGUUAGGACGGGGGUGUUGAAGGCGUAUAUUAGUGGUGUUGGCGAUAUAUACUCUGCUAAUGCGCCCAAGAGGAUACUGAAGGAGGGGAAGAGGGUUUUGGAGAGUGUGGCUUUGGCGUGGGGGAGGAAUCGAGAGUAUCUGGAGUUGUUGCAAGCUCUGACCUGA